GGCCUCAGCUGUUUGGUGCCCAUUCUCCUCCACGAUACUUGCCAUCCUUCAAUCCUGCUCUUUUCUUCCUCCAUUUCUAACGAGACUAUUUCUUUUGCUUUAUUCUUCUUCCUCUUGACAGAUAAUCCAAAAUGUCGCGGAGAUACGAUUCCAGAACCACCAUCUUCUCCCCUGAAGGACGACUCUAUCAGGUCGAAUAUGCGCUGGAAGCUAUUUCCCACGCCGGUACCGCACUAGGAAUUCUUGCCAACGAUGGCAUCGUCCUUGCUGCCGAGAAGAAGGUGACCAGCAAGCUGUUGGAGCAGGAUACAUCGGCAGAGAAGCUCUACGUUUUGAACGAUAACAUGAUCUGUGCCGUUGCCGGUAUGACUGCAGACGCCAACAUCCUUAUCAACUACGCUCGCCAGGCCGCCCAGCGCUACCUCCUCACCUACAACGAAGAAAUCCCCUGCGAACAGCUCGUCCGUCGCAUGUGUGAUCUCAAGCAAGGUUAUACUCAACACGGUGGUCUCCGUCCGUUCGGUGUGUCGUUCAUCUACGCCGGAUACGACCACCAGCAACAGUUCCAGCUAUACCAGAGCAACCCCAGUGGUAACUACGGUGGAUGGAAAGCUACGAGUGUGGGAGCCAACAACGCAAGUGCGCAGAGUCUUCUGAAGCAGGACUAUAAGGAGGGCUGUGAUCUGAAGGAGGCUUGUGCUAUGGCUGUUAAGGUUCUGAGCAAGACUAUGGACUCGAGCAAACUGAGCAGCGAGAAGAUCGAAUUCGCAACAGUUGGAAAGACCAAGGAUGGGAAGAUCUUCCACCAUCUGUGGAACGCAGACGAGAUCAACGGUCUCCUAAGGGAGCACGGGCUGGCUAAGGUUGAUGACGAGCCCGAGGCUGGUGAAAUAAAAUAAAGUGAACGCUUGUCCUCUUUCCGUCGGCU